UUCAAUUCAAUUCAGAUUUCAGGCACAAACAUAAAGCGAAUUGUCUUCACAAAUUAUAGAUUUUUGACAAUGAGUAGUCAGGAAAAGCAGGGCAGCAGUUUGGAAGGGCGCGUAGCCAUCGUGACGGGUGCCUCGAGAGGCAUCGGCAGAGAAAUUGCUCUGCAUUUGGCUGAAAAAGGAGCCAAAGUCGUGAUAAAUUAUGUAGGAAACCAGCAAAAAGCAGAAGAAGUCGCAGCCAUAAUCAAUGAAAACAAGGACGGAGAAAGAGCGAUUAUAUGCAGAGCAGAUAUUUCAGUUUCUGGGGACGUGAAAAAAUUAUUCGAUGCAGCGGAGAAAGCGUUCGGAGGCGUCCACAUAAUCGUGAACUGUGCGGGAGUGCUCGAUUCCAACUCACCCUCAAUUGCAAACACGCCUGAAGAGGAUUGGGAUCGGACUUUCAACAUUAACUGCAAAGGAGCGUUUUUGUGCUCGAGGGAAGCGGCAAACAGACUCGUACGUGGUGGCGGUGGCCGCAUUAUCAAUUUGAGCAGCUCGCUUGUGGGGACUGUGAAGCCUGGGUAUGGGGCUUACGCCGCCACCAAUGCUGCCGUUGAGACCAUGACCAGGAUUUUGGCCAAGGAGUUGAGGGGGACUCGCAUUACUGCAAAUUGCAUCGCACCAGGUGGGAUUGUGACGGAGUUGUUUUUGGAGGGGAAGAGUGAGGAGUUGGUUGAUAGGAUUGCCAUGGAGUCACCCUUUGAGCGGCUGGGGCAGAAGGAGGAUGUUGCUCCCGUGGCGGCUUUCCUUGCUACAGAUGAUGCUGAGUGGGUUAAUGGCCAGGUUAUUCGUAUCAAUGGAGGCAUCGUUUGAAUAAGACUUAAGAUUUAGGCUUUUGAUUGGUUAUAAAUAGUAUAUUAGCUUUUCACAGUCUAUGAAAUGGAGUAUGUAAGCUUGACGUAUAAUUUGAGUUUCCAAUCUCUCUGAGUGAUUUAUCUUCAGAAAAAGAAAAGAAUGAAAAUGAGAAAUGGAGUAUGUAAACUUUAUGCAUGAUUGGAGUUUCCAAUCUCUCUGAGUGAUUCAUCUUCAGAAAAAUGAAAGAAUGAAAAUAGGAAAUAUUGUAA